UCAAUACUAGACGACAGUAUUUACUUUCCACCACACGCGCCGGGGAGGCUGUAUGAAGAACAACUAGUUUGAGGACUUCAUGACGAUUUACAUAUUCGAUUUAUAAUGGAUGGAGAUCUGCUGUCUUUGUCAUCUUCCUCCUCGUUAUCAUCUUCAGCAGCAGAAGGAGAACCAACAGGAGGACAGAAAGAUGCUUCACCUAAGAGUGACAGCAGCCUUCCUCAGAGCCAACAGGAACCCAAAUCAGCUGAAGAAGAGUUAUGGGUGCAGGAGGAGAGUCCCGUGGCUGACAGGCUGCUGUCCACAGAGGAGCAGGUGACUCUGAUCACAGAGAGUCUGACAGUCACCUCGACUGACCAGGAAAAGCUGCUGCUGCUCAACAAGAACACUGAGCUCCGCAGAGUCAACAAGGAGCUGAUGAAGCUGAACGAGGACUGGGACCAGGUGUACCGCAGUGCCACGCUGCGUCUACAGCACAGGCUGGAGGCUUUGGAGCUGGAGAACAGCGCAAUCAAACAGCUAAACAACAGACUGCUCCUCAAAGUUGAACAUCAGCAGAGUGCAAAGGAGUACUAUGAGCAAGCAUUGAUGCAGGAGCUAAAGAAGAACCAAGAGCUGCAAGAAUAUAUCAGGCUGCUGGAGAGCAGGUUGCACCACCCAGGGAGAGACUUCACACCUGCCAAACCGGGAAGCUUUACUACUGUGAUGCGAGGUCCAGCUCUGGGCCCCGGAAGUCAUCCUGACCUGUCUUGCGGCUCUGCGCAAAACCCUUCACCCUCCUUUUUCCCAGCUUCUACCAGCCCAGAGGCUGAGUAUCAGCGAAAAGGCCAGGCCAGCAGUUCCCCACUGGGAGUGCUGGAAAACUCCAAGCAAGAAGUGCAUGAUUUAAAAGAGCAGCUGGAGGCACUGAGAUGUCAGACUGAGAUAUAUGAGGCAGAAUAUCAGACAGAGCACAACGACCACAAGCACACGCUGCAGGAGAACCGAAGGCUGAGGAAGAAGAGAGAGGAGAUGCGCCAACAGGUGGCACUACUGCAAGAACAGCUUAAGAUAUAUGAGGAUGACUUCAGACGGGAGCGGUCGGACAAACAGAUGCUGCAGAGGCUGCUGUUACAGAAGACGUCUGAAAACAAAAACCCUGUGCUCAUCCACCGCUGUAAUAAUGAGCAGCAGCUGCUAGGGGGCGAUAAGAGACCACAAAAUGGAGAGAAAAGGAAACAGCACCACCCACUCUGCCCAAAGCACCCAAACAGGGACAAAGAGUCAGUGUGACACUUAGAGGGAAAGUGAGCCAUGUUUACA